AAACCGGCUUGCUGUGUGGUAAACAUCUGUGUGUUGCUGCCCUUUCCCAGGUGACCGGAUCAAAGAAUGAAGAGCAGGUUCUGAAUGCCAUAGAGGCGUACACAGAGUUUCGUCCUGAGCUGGCCCACAGAGCCAUCAAUCAGCUGUUUGACAUCGCCAGGAUACAGCACUGCAGCCAAUUGCUCCGAGCUCUGCAGCUGGUCAUAGCCGCGUUGAAGUGCCACAAAUACGAUAAGAGCAUCCAGGUGACGGGCAGUGCCGCUCUGUUCUACCUGACCAACACGGAGUACCGCAGUGACCAGAGUGUGAGGCUGCGCAGAGAGGUCAUCCAGGUGGUGCUGAACGGAAUGGAGCAGUACCAGGAGGUCACCGUCCAGAGGAACUGCUGCCUGACUCUGUGUAACUUCAGUAUUCCAGAGGAGCUGGAGUUCCAGUACAGUCGGGUCAACCAGCUGCUGCUGAAGAUCCUGGAGCCAGCCCGGCAGGACGAGUCCAUCCAGAGAAUCGCUGUGCACCUCUGCAACGCUCUGGUCUGUCAGGUGGAUAACCACCACAAGGAGGCUGUGGGGAAGAUGGGCUUUGUCAAG